AUGACCGCCGAAAUUCCGCUGCUUCUACGGCAAGAGGGCGCCAGGAUCCCUGCUGUUAAGCGGUAUCGAGACAAAUUUGAAAAUCAUGUGGUCCUCGUCACAGGUGGUGCACAAGGGAUUGGUGCGGUGACAGCAGCUUCCUUCUCGUACCAAGGAGCGCAUCUUGUGCUGGUAGACAUGAACGAGGCCAAAUUGAAGGAGACGGCCGCAAAACUGACCGCGGAUGGAGCGAAAGUGAUGUACCAAGUCUGCAACUUGACCGACGAGGCUGCCGUCCACAAAACAAUCGAGAAUGUGAUCGCAGCGCUAGGAAAGAUCGACGUACUUGUUCACUUGGCAGGCAUCUACCCCUUCAAACUCAUCCUCGAUGCCACAAGUAGCGAUUACCAGCGGACGAUGAGUGUCAACAUGGAUAGCACAUUCCACCUGGUCAAAGCCGUAUUACCACACAUGAACAAGGCUGGCUACGGGCGCAUCAUCACGACUACUUCUGGUGCUGCCUUACAGCCUGAAGCAGGUUUGGCAGUCUACGCGGCAGCCAAAAGUGCAGUACUACUCUUUACUCGGGCUGUAGCCAUGGAAGCAGGACCUGGAUACGAUGGCGAAUCCGGGCUCCGGGAGAUGUUCUCAAGGGCAGUGGCACGACAAGCUGUCAAGCGUUACGGCCUGCCUACCGACGUUGCAGAUAUGAUCUGCUUCGUGGCAAGUCCGGAGGCUGAAUUUCUUACGGGGCAGAACUUCGAUGUUGGAGGCGGCUUUACGCACGGCGCGUAG